CCUCCACCUCCAGCGUCGCCGCCUACAGCCUUAGCGCUAGCGCUGCAAAGAGCAACCCCCAACUCCAGGCGCACUUCAAUAGCUUGCGGAAGAGUGCAGUUCGUCGCGAACUCGGGGAUCACCACUCAGACAGAGGAGAAGGUCAGCAUCUUGGACCAUGCUGCCAACACGUUUCCCUAGCCGCGGUGCCGACAACGGUGCGGGGCUGGAGACCCUGCUGCCAGCAGCUUCCCGCGCCGUGCUGUCGGAGUUCAUAGGCACCGCCGUGUUCGUCUUCGCCGCCGAAGGCUCCGUCUACGGCCUCUGGAAGAUGUACAAGGACACGGGCACGCUGGGGGGCCUGCUCGUGGUGGCGGUGGCGCACGCGCUCGCCCUGGCCGCGGCGGUGGCGCUGGCGAGCGACGCCUCGGGCGGGCACGUCAACCCGGCCGUCACCUUCGGCGUGCUCGUCGGCAGGCGCAUCUCCUUUGCGCGCGCCGUGCUCUACUGGGCGGCGCAGCUUCUCGGCGCGGUGCUCGCCGCCGCUCUCCUCAGGAUCAUCUCCGGCGGCGUGCGCCCCAUGGGGUUCAUGCUCGGCCACGGCAUCCACGAGCGGCACGCCCUGCUGCUCGAGGUCGUCAUGACGUUCGGGCUCAUGUACACCGUGUACGCCACGACCGUCGACCGGAACCGUGGCGGCAACGUCGGCGCCAUCGCGCCCAUCGCCAUCGGCUUCGUCCUGGGCGCCAACAUCCUCGCCGGCGGCCCCUUCGACGGCGCCGCGAUGAACCCGGCGCGGGCGUUCGGCCCGGCCCUCGUCGGCUGGACCUGGCGCCACCACUGGGUCUACUGGGUCGGGCCGCUGAUCGGCGCCGGGCUAGCCGGCGCACUGUACGAGUUUGUGAUGGCUGAACAACCCGAGGAGCCGGCGGCUGCGGCCACGCGUGGGCUGCCCGUGCCCGCCGAGGAUUACUGAGCUGCGCUCUGCAUCUGCUGUAACUAAUUAGCACCUGCAGUACAUAUUACGGAAAACGGAAAUAAAUUCAAAUAAAGAAGAGAGAGGGAGUCAGAGUCCGAUUCCAAGCCGGUUAGUAAUGGCACUUCGUGUUGGGGUUCAUCACGGUGUGGUGUGAUACUGUGAUAACGACAUACCGUGCGGGCAAGUAGAUAUAAUGCCAGCCU